AGUGUUAGUGUAUAAUAAGCGCAUUAUAUAAAUUGAAAGUUAAGUAAUAAUCGAAAUAUCGCCACAUAAAAUUUGUGAAAUUUUCAACUUUAAAUGCGAAUAUCUCGAAAACUAUAAGUCUCCUGCGGCAACUAUUAUAUAUAUCCGUAAUCUGAAAUCGGGGGAUACUAUACUAAAGCCGACCCAAGUUCUGCAGCCUUGGGAUUGUCCGGGUUUUUAUCAGGAUGGCAUUCAUGUGCUUUCUUGCACUAAGCUUUUCGUAUGUCAAUAUCAAUUCCAAGCAGUUCGUAAAGGUUUACGUCGCCAAAUUUAAGAGCAGGCAUAUUUUUUAAUGUACAUAAAGCUUCUAAAUUGUGUCCUAAAUAAUUCCGAGCAAGUUUGUUUUGAUUACUUUUUUUUAUUCAAACGUUUGCAAAAUCCUUUUAAAAGACUUGUUUGAUUUAACAUGUUUAUUGUUGUGCAUGUGCAACAAAGAACUGUCAUAGUUGUCAAAACGAACAGUGCUAGUAACACAAGUGACAGCAAUUCCGUCAACAUGCUUUGCUAUUGUUAUUGCCAUUUUCAGCAACGUGAAUUUUAGUAGAAAUUACUAAUGCUUUCUGUGUAAUUUAUUAUGUGAGAAUAAUAAUACAAAAUGAGUGUUUAUCACGAUGAGGUUGAAAUCGAAGACAUGGAAUAUGACGAGGAAGAAGAGGUUUAUUAUUACCCAUGUCCGUGUGGUGAUCGAUUUCAGAUAACCAAGGAAGAACUUAUGGAGGGCGAAGAAGUGGCCACUUGCCCGAGUUGUUCACUCAUUAUUAAAGUAAUUUAUGAUGCGGCCAUGUUUGAAGCAGAAGAAGAUGAAGAGACUGUGCUCAAUGAUAAAAUGAAAGAUAUGAAAUUAGAAAAGCACUGACAAACCCAAAUAACAUUAAAAAUAUAAUAAAUUUCUUUUGUAAAAAGAUUUUUAUAUUUCUGUAAUAUAUUUAUAUAUAUUUUAAAUAUAUGCUGACUAGAGUAAACAAUUAUGCCUACAGGCUUAGCUUA